GAGGAGGAUAUGAGGAACCGAGAAGGGCUCAGUCCGACCUUGUCUGGCUCACAGUCACACACCCGGACGUGCACACGCGGCUGAAACUGUCGGCGGCUUUCAACUUUGACCACCAUUCAUUUUUUUUUCGCUGUGGUUCACGUCUGGGUGAUGUGCACACAGGUCUACACUUUUCUUCCGCAUAUUUAAUUUCUAUGCAAAAAGAAGGUCGCCCAUGUCGCUCCAAGGAUUCGGGAAAUGAACACCGCUGCUGCUGGCAGUAUUUUGAGCUAUCUUUUGGAUUGCGUUGGGAGUUUUUAAAGCCUAUUUAGGCCAACGUUCUCCUGUGCGUAAGAGUGCACAUCUCACUUUAUUAUACCAUGAUGCGUUUGAUUUAGGAUUUCAACUCUCUUCUUGAAGUGCCAAAUUAACCCGCAAUGGCGAACGAUUGCAAUCGCAAUAUUGUGGAAAAGUACAUUUGCCAUAAACUCUCUAAACGUGGCUUCGCAUGGGGCUUUCACGAAGACGCCGAGGAUGAAGACGUCGCCAAUAACGGGUCAAUAGUUGCAUCUUCUCCGGCUUUAGUGAAUCGUCGGUGCCGCGAAGAGCGUCUGUGUUCGCGUUCCACUUCGACCGACCCACACGCGGCCAUCCACAGAGUCUUGCGCGAAGCUGGGGAUGAACUUGAGAGGCUGUACCAGCCCGACUUCACCGAGAUGUCCAGGCAGCUGUAUCUGACAUCUUCCACGGCGCAGAGAAGGUUCGCCGAGGUUAUAGACGAACUGUUCCGCGAUGGAGUGAACUGGGGGAGGAUUAUUGCGUUUUUUGAGUUUGGUGGAACCGUGUGCGUGGAGUGCGCAUCCAAAGAGGACAUGUCAUCCCAAGUGGACAACAUCGCAGACUGGAUGACGGAGUAUUUGAAUGGACCUCUCAACAGCUGGAUUCAAGACAACGGGGGAUGGGAAGCCUUUGUGGAGCUCUACGACCGCCAGAGGGACUCGGUCUUCUCCUGCUCUUGGCCCUCCAUCAAAACUGUGUUCGGACUGGCAGCUAUCGGAGCGGCCAGCCUGACCAUUGGCGCGUACCUGUCACAGAAGUGAACACACCCCUCUCUCCAAUUACUACACCAUGCUCCUUCUACUACUACAACUACUACUACUUUUUCCUGGUGCCUCUUGUUUUAUCUUUUAACACUUCGCCUGACCCUGAGAGACAACGUACACUCUUUUCAAAGACUCCUUGUUCUUCUCCACGUCAAAACAAAUCAAAAACUGGAGGAGAGAAGAGCAGAGCAGAGACUGACGCAGGACAGAUCACUGGCAUGCAUCUUUAUUUGUUUUAUUUUUCAUUUCCUGAUCUGUAACUAGUCCAAGCAUGGGUUUUAGUGUCUAUGUUGCAUGUGUGGACAGGGCUCGCGAGGGGCAGUCAGUAAAAGGACCAUGAUGGUGGUGGGACAGAGGAAGCCCAGCCCUAUUUCAGUUGGGUGUGGGACCCCGUUUGAACUGCAGAGGUCCUUCAAAGCACUUCCGUCCAUGUGUGCGCAGUGUCCAACGGUUUACACAAGUUAAAAUAAGCUCAAAUCAUCCUUUUUUUGGAAAACAGAUGAAAUGUGGUGUGUUAAGAUUUAUGUUGACUAUUUAAUUUAUGAAUUGUACAUCAAAUGGUUCUUGCGCAGUCUUAAAUGAUUAUUUUAUCUUUGGUCAAUUAAAAUCAAGUAUACACAAAAUAAUACUGGGCAACUCAAGCAAAAGUUAGCCACUAAACUUAAAAACAAGCUAGUCUUUUAUUAUUUGCAAAAAUGAAAGACAUUUCUUACAGUUUAAAGUCGUAGUUAGAUUUUCUUUUGAUUUUAUUCAAGAGAAAGUUACAGUUGACCAUGGGCAAUUAAUCAAAAGAUUGAGAGAUUGUCUGAUCAUCAAAUUAUCAAUGAUAUGGUGUUUUUUUUGUUUUGUUUUUUUCCAAAUAAAGAGGUCUACAGCCAAUCCUCUGUCAGUAAAAGCAUGUGGUCUGGAACAGACGGAAGACUUUGGAGGAAACCGUCUUUUUGUGUUAAAUGUCACAGAUUAAAAGUAUAUUGUUUAUCAUGAAGAAAUCAAUACUAAGAGCAAAUUUAAUUUUGUUUUCAAAAAAUCUAAACUACGCAGAAAUUCUGUAUCAAUCAAAAUGAGAAAAAAAUGUCUCGGUUUUUCCUAUAUCGCUCAGCCAUAGUUGACCAUCAGUACUAAAAUGAAACUAAAAAACAGAAAACAAAACGAAAUAAAUAAAAAUCACAAGAACAUAAAAUACACUAUUAUAUAGUGUUAAAAUUAUAUUAUUUUGUUAAUAAAUAGUAACUAUUAUUAUCUGUGUGAUAUAUUUUCCUUGGUAUUGAGUUAAAGUUUGCAUUGAAGUUUCGUGACAACACUAUUAUCUGCUUUCCAAAACUCUGGAUUUGGGCGCAGUACAUACACCAAGGAGACGAGGUAUAUACGCCUUCAUGAAUUGCCCUGGACUGGAGUGGGUGACUUAAGUGAGUGGAUCUUUUUGCACACAGACUGGAAGAAGUGGAGACAAAAACACAACGUCCCGGAGGUGUAAGCCAGGGGAAAAAAUGUCACACGCUGAUGAAUAUCCUGAGAGAAGUGUCAAGCACAGCACAAAACGCCGAACGGUCGAGGUAGAGAAAAAACUGUUAUCCCACAAAAUAAAGGGAGCUGGGCCCUGCAACUAUCAGCAUUCCUCAGGCAAAGUCAACACACUCUUGCUAAAUUAUUCCCAAAUAAUCACCCAGCACUACUAGCUGUCAAGUUCCCCGCUUUUGGUUCACUACCUCUGUUCCUCUCACAGUUUUUGGGGCAGGUGUAGUCUGGACAUGGUUUUAGCUGCGAUGGCUCCACUCUGAAAAAGACAGUUGUUGACAAGUGGAGGUCCAAUGAGGCUGCAGCAGUUUAGGUUUCUCGUAGCGGCCAUUUUGUCCCAUGUGUGAACCUGACACAUCCGUCCGUCUCGAUCCAUGUUUGUAUUGUGUUUAAAAUGUCUUCAGAUUUUUAUGAUUUCUUUGCAUGAAUGAAAGGUCUUGAAAGAAUAUGCAUAAUCAUAUUUAUAACAGAUUAGGAUAGUCAUAGCAUUACAGAUCUAUUUAUUUAGAGGUACCACUUCACGUUUUAACUGUACCCCAUCUGUCCUACCGAAUCACACUGUAACUACAUUGUUUCUUCAGGCUGCUAUUGUAACAAAAAACGUUAAAUUUGUGUGUCGUAUUCAUUUUUGGCUUUUUAUGGCUGCUCUACUGUUUUAACUCAACAGCUUCAAACUGCCACGAUUUUUACAGUAUAUAGUUCUAGAGAGCUGGAAACCAAAGUUAACUUGUAUUAACCUUUCUUCAAAAAUAUAGAAAAAGUACCUUGAAGUCUAAUUUUUAAACAAAAUGUUGUAUGGGGUUUUUGUGGAUUGACUGUGAUUUAUAUUCCUAUUGCCUGAUUGGUUACUUGCUUUUCCAGUAUAAUUCAGCCUAUCUGGAAUCUGUCAUAGUAAUACAAUUUAUACUUGGACAACAGAAAAAGGCUUAAUCAAAGUAGUGGAGAAGAUUUUAGCAGAACAUGUGUACACUGUAAAUAUAGUCAUAAAAUGCAAAAUGGCAUCAUGGGAUAUUUUUAUGUAAAUUUUCUUUUAAAUGUAUAUUUGUUAUACACACCAUAUUAUUGUUUAUUACAGAUUUAUUUAUAUGUUAUACUUUUUCUUUCUCAUUUAUUAAGCUAUUCUCCCACAUUUCAAAGUGUUAUAGACUGAUGUUAUAAUACUUCUAAGUUAUUUUGUAACAUUUUAAUACAAAUGCCUUUGAAAAUUUGUUUCAACUUUUCAUUGUAAUAUUCCUGGCCUUUACCCAGUUCCUGGUCCACUUCACCACAUUCAAAACAAAGACAAUGCACCCUUUUUUUUUUUUAACACAUUUCUGGUGCUCUUACCUUUUUCUACAAGGGGAUGCUAUGUUCAGCACCCUCUACUGGAGAAACGGACAAUCCACACGCCCCAUACAACUCAACUGCUAUAUAUGGCUUUGUGAUCGCUUCUUAUGCUCUAAAACACUAUAACGCCACAUUUCUCUGUACCACCUCGACCUGCCAACAUAACCCCAUCUGACUUGUUGAUACCAGUCUCUUGCUGUGUGGUUUGAGUGGGACACUGUAACAGCAAUAUACUGUAAUUUUCUAUUCUGUGCAAAUAUGAAUGUAGGCACUAUGGUUGCUGUACUGUUUUAUGUCUAUAAUCUUGCAAAUCUGUAGCACUUAAAAGAGAAAAAAAGUGAAUUGUGUUUUUCUGGUGUUUACUUACUGCUAUAUCCACAAUAAGCUAGCAGGAUAUUAUUCCUAAAAUAAACCAGAUUUCUCAAGCCA